UUAGACGUGAGAAGAUGCCUGCCUCUGUAGGAGAGGAUGGGGCCGACACGGAUGCCACCACUGGACCAGCAGCAGAAAAGGAAGAGUUCCUCUCCUUGAACGACAUCCAAGAUGCCAGCAAAGCAAACAUGCACUUGAAGGAUGACCGGCAGCCCACUAUGGUCAGUAUUGUCCCCUUGACCCCAAUGUCCCUGGUUCCACCAGAAGAGGCAGAAAAGAAGGACAAUCCCCUCUUCAGCCGGAAGGGAGAGAUGCUGGCGAGCCGGAGGGAUUUCCGCAUGAACACGUGCACCCCGCACACCAACGGCACUUUCAUGCUGGAGCUGGCAGGACUCUCGCCGACCCAGUGCCCCCCAGCCAGGGCCUGUGAAUGGGGACGUGGCAACUCCAUGGGCAUUCAGAGCCUUCCUCCUGCAGCGGGUUCCACCCCCAUGGAGGUCAGUGUGUGCAACACACCCGUUCAGGCCCUGGACUUCUCAGGGGAAGGAGGGGAAGCAGAACCGGUGGGGGAGGAUGACGAGGGCUGCGACCACUUCCUGCCAGGUGUUCCAGAAGAAGCUCCUGAGGUUUCCACAGCUGGGGUGGAGGAGCGCCUCGCCCAUCAGACGAGUGCUCCCAAGAUGAAAGGAUACAUGCUGCGGGAGAGACCCCCUGCCCAGGACGACCGCGCCCACCUCAAGGAGACUCUGGACCCCUGGCGCAGCCUGGACCCCUUCAGCUCCUCUGAUGAGAAACCCUUGAAAAAAGGCAGGCCCUUCACUGUCCCCCGUGGCCUGGAGGACCUUCCCGGCACCAAGCGGAAGAGGAGGCUCUCCAGCAAACUGCAGGAGUUCACGGCGUGGUUUUCAGCCAUGGAGCACGGCCGAGCUUGCAACCAGAGAAGCAGGAGGAAAGGACCAACAUUUGCUGAUUUAGAGGUCCUGUACUGGAAGCAUAUGAAAGAGCGCCUGGCUAUCCAGAAGAAGCUGCAGAAGAGGAUGAUGCAAGACCCAGAGCUGGCCAGGGCCUUUGAAGAGCCUCCUGCCCGGGAAGAGGAGGAUGCCGAGGAGGGUCAUGAGGAUGAGGAUGGCGACGGUGUGGCAGAUGACUUUCUGGAGCAGGAAGACCUUCCCCCACUAGAAGCCCCCGACUCAGUGGCAGACCCUGGUGACCUCCCCUCUUCCCUCAGCUAUGAGGAGCUGGUGCGGAAGAACGUGGAGCUGUUCAUGGCCCAUUCCCAGAAAUACGUCCGAGAGACAGAGCUGUCCCGCCGUGUCCGGGACUGGGAGGAGAUGAUGGGGCCUCAGCUGGAGGACCAAGAAGCACGGACCGCCUUUGACAUUCAUGACUAUGGCGACCGCCUGGCGUCUCGCUUGGCCAGGGUUGGGGAGUGGCGCUCCUUCGCCAGCCUCGUGGCAGGGGAGCCGGCCUUUGAGGUCUGCCGUUACAUGCUGGCCUCCCUGCAGCUGGCCAACGACUACACGGUGGAGAUCAGGCAGAAUCCGGGCCUGGACGAGGCAGUGGACACCAUGGCGCUGCGCCUGCUGACUCAAGAGAAGGCCCACGAGCGCUUCCACACCUACACGGCUCCCUCGCUCGCCCAGCAGUGACCCCACCCUCUCCCCCUCUGCCUGCCUGUAUAUACUGUGUAUUUUUUGUACAGCUUUCCUUAGCCCAUCCGUUCCCCUGUUUUUCUCUUAUUGCUAAGAGGCACUGUCAUAAAUCGCGACUUUUGCCUCCACUUUACUCCAGUAAAGAGCGCGUGCCGGACUGUGGCUGUUUCUCUUCUCUGAGAAGGUUGCACUCAUGCUAAGGAAGGAUGCGGGAAUCCCUCUCCAGCAGCAGGUAGCCCAGAAAGCACAUCAGAGGGCAACGAGGGCAGAGGACGGACAUCCAUGCGUGCUGGGGCUGGCAGGAUAUUCUCAGAACGCGAAUUGGUAGGGCAUGGACCCCAGAGCACAGGGCAGCGCAUAGAAGAGGCCCUGCACUUCUGGCGCAGACAAGGAAUGGCCCGUCUGCAGUUCUCAAAUAUAAGCACGUCUGUGAAUCUCAGGUUCCAUGACCCCUGCCUUGGCAGGAUUCUCGGUUCGAUAGCCAGACUUCCAUCUAAGCACUGAAUAGGUCUACUGAGGUUGUUGAGUGGCGUGUGAUGCAGCGGAUCCCUGAAGCCCAAGAUCUGUUCCAGGAGUUUAGCUUGGCGUGAUCCUCAGAAAAGGCACACCAGCCGCAACAUUCCUCAGAAAUAGGGACACUCUGUUGGGGGCUGGUUGUGGGAGAAGAACCCUCUGAGGCUUCCUAGGGCUUGGAAAAAGCUCCUCUGGGCUCUGAGAUCUGCACGGGAGGCCUUUCUCUCAGCCCUGCCACCCACAGAGAGGCAGGCUUGGUAUAGGGGUGCAAGCGACAGCCUUUUCAUGGGCCACUUCCUGCCUAUGGAACUCCUUGCCUCAGGAUGUUAGACCGGCCAUGUCUCUGACAUCCUCCUGCUGGCAGGCAAAAAACGUUGAGGUAGGCCUUUGGCAAUGAACUAUCAAGGAUGGUGGAGGGAGUGUUAUUGACUUUUAAGCACUUUUUCUAUUGCUAAUUUCAAAUUCUUUUAACUGGGAUUUUGAAGGGUCCUUAUUUUAUUUUAAAAUAUAAAAGCUGGUUGAGUCAUUGUUUUUAA